AUGAGCAGCAACAGGUCAAACACUGUGCUGCAGCAGACCAUGGUAUUUCCGCUUCUGAAGCUAGGAUCCCUAGCUUUGCGAACUAUCUGCAAACCCAUCGCUAAUCGCCUCAAAAAAGAAGCUGGCGUUAACCCUAGAUUCCGUCAAUUCAUCAUCAACAUUGCACAGGCCAAUCACAGAUUCACGACGAAAUUACAAAGACGCGCUUCUGGUCGUAUAACCGAUGCAGUUAUUCGCCCUUUGAACGAAGAGAGAGCUGUUCAAGCCGCUGCAGAUCUUCUCGGUGAAAUCUUCGCCUUCACGGUUGCAGGAGCGGCUCUUGUCUAUGAGUAUCAUAGAAACGCAAGAGGAGAAGCUAGAAAAGAAGAGAAGCGACAAGAGGAACUACAGGUAAUCAGACUCAAUCAUGAGAAGAUGGAGAGUGAGCUGGAAGAGAUGAAACAAAGAAUUGGCAGGUUUGCUGAAGAGCUUUCUAAACCAAGAGAAGAGCAGCAUUCUAAACCAAGAGAGUUCGCUGAAGAGCUUCAUAAACCAAGAGGACUCGCUCGGCUCUUCAACUACAUUUGUCCUCAGAAAAUACAGCAGGAGAGCUAA